UUGGCUCAGCGGUGCGCGGGGCAGACAGAGGGCUCUUUUAGUCAGCAUGGCCACAGAGGAGGGACAGGGAGACCGACCCAGGGACUAACUCACCGCUCAGGUGAAAACGGUGGACACAUUACCAGCACUGACAGAGGAUAUAGACAGAAUGACACGUUGGAGCGAACUAAACACAGACAAGCUGUAAGCAACUUGCUGAAACCUGUUAAAGAAGAUUGGGAAGAAAUGCCCUCAUUCCAUCACGUCUGCGUGACUCAGAUCGGACAGGAUUAAAAUAGAGCUGGAUUCUCCAGAGAGUGCGAGAGCGCGAGCAAAGAGAAGCGAGAGAACGAGUGAGUGACGGCGAGAGUUGGAAUCCGCGCCUCGUAAAACAGACCUGUCUUGACCUGCAGGCCUUGCCCCCCCUCACACACACACACACACACACAUACACACACACACAAGAUCGGAAUCGGGUUGAGGCAACCUCAUGAUUUCAAAGAAGCACAUUCCAUAAGCCAUGCUUUGGUCUGCAGCCCUGGAGACGGGGUCCCUGGAGGGUCAAGAAAGGCACUUUUCCUGGGAUUGAAAGCAUAAUUGUGUGCAUCAGAUCUACCAACCCAGCGACCCCACACCCUUGUGCGCCCAGUUUCCCUUAGUACCCUUCUUCCUGCCUUGCACAGAGAGAGAGAGAGAGAGAGAGAGAGAGAGAGAGAGAGAGAGAGGGAGAUUUCCCCUCAGAUGGGAUGCUCAGCCACAUCAGAGGAGUUAACCCAAUCCAGAGGCCAACGCAAGCCUGAGAGCAGCAUCGGACUGAGAUCAAGUGGCCUGAACUAAGAUUAUUUCUCUCUGAUGGGAAAAUCACCCCCGUCCCCACUCACACCCACACUCACAGCCCGCCGCUUCCUCCUUCACAGGAUUUAAUCAGAUUUCCUGCCACUUUCUCCUCUGUCCAGCCGCGCUUGGUGCCUGGAGAAAAACAGACAGACCCGGCGUCUGUGCCGCCCGCAUCCGUACAUGAUCCGACAGGAGGCUUGAGAGGGGGGAAGGGCAGGGCAGACAGGGGAGAGGGAGCGUCUGAGCUCGAGCCGCCAUGCAGGAGGAGAUUCUGGGCUUUUUCUCGGACCUGUGGAACACGGCCACCAGCAAGCACGACCAGGGCAUCUACAACACGGUGUGCCUGGUGGUGCUGCUGGCCCUGCCGCUGGUGGUGUUGGCCACCGCGCUGGUGGUGUGCUGCCACUGCUGCUGCUGCCGCCACGACCGAUGCUGCGGCUGUUGCCGCGGCAGCGGCGGCGAAGAUGGCGCGGGCGGACACAGGGCGGAGAAGCAACGGAAGAAGAAUGGCAAGCCGAAAAACGAGGACUUGUGGAUUUCGGUCAAAUCUGGACCUAUGACUCCCGACGUGGUGGGAUUGAGUAUGGUGUAGACUAGAGGACACCACCCUCUACGUACAAACUCAGGUCUGAGAUGGAUGACUGGUCACAUUUCUUUCUCUUUUUUACUUUUUCACUCUUUCUUUUGGUAAAAGGUACAAAUCAUGGUACUGCGUGAAACUGUAGAUUGACGGAUUGGACAAUGAAUGUGCCUGACAGAAGAACCCUUCACCAUGUUUGUGUGUGUGUGUGUGUGUGUUUGAGAGAGAAAAAGAGUUUGUGUGUGUGUGUGUGUGUGUGUGUGUGUGUGUGUGCGUGCGUGU